AUGGCCCAUAAACAGGCCAGCAAUUGCACGGCCGCCAAGUUCCCCGUGUGGAUGCUCACGAUCAACAUCGUGGCUCUGGCCCUGAUCCCCGUGCUCGGGGUGUGCGUCAUCUUCCGGCAUAAGGUUGCCAUCUUGGAUCUGCCGGACAUCUACUACUGCCUCGCCGGCGCGGCGCUGCUCAACGUGCCGGGCAUCCUGGACUUCGGCCGGAUCAACUUCAUUCGCAACCUCCCCCCAGGUGUCACCCGGCCCGGGAGCAUUUUCGUCAACUCGGCCUUCUUCAUCUCGGUCCUGGGGUUCUGCUUCUUCCCGCGCUCGCCGGGCCACAUCAUGACCAUGGGGUCCGGGGUGGCGGCCUUCAUCCGGGCCACCCUGACCAUGGUCUACAUUUUCGCCAUCUUCAAAGCCGAGCGCAAGAUGUCCAAGGCCCUGCACUCGGUCAUCCUCAAUGCCCUGGCCUUUGUCAUCGUGGGCAUCAUCAACACGGAGCGCGAUAAGCGCAUGCG